GGAGAAGGGAGGUUCCGGCAUAGCGCGUGCGCAGCAGGGCCUCGUUGUGCGCGGGAAAGAGGCGGAGCGAUUGCAGAUCCAGGUAGACCUUCCCAGUUCCUAGUAACGACAGAGGGACCUCGACAGCUUCUCUGGCCCAGAUUUCUCUAGGGAGAGAUAAAAUGAGUAAGAGGAAGAAGCUUCGGACCUCAGGAAGGCAAGGACUCCAUCUUCCGAAACUUCCAAAGAACCCAAGGAUAGAAGACUCUGACAGGGCCACCAGCCAGAGUUCCAUGUUAGACUAUUUGCAUCACCCUGAAGAAUCAGAAGGCGGAUCAGGACUCACUCCCUCUGCAGAGCAGAGUGGGGAGGAACCAGGACAGGCAGCCUCCAGCUCUCCUGAUAAUGAAGCAGAUGCUCCCUCCAGGCUCCUUGGGCAGCCGGAAAAGGAGCCAGUUCCCCUUCCUCCUUCCCAGAACUCAGUGGGGAGGUUCGUCCCCCAGUUUGCAAAACCCAGGAAGACAGUGACGAGACAAGCAGAGAGGAGGGCAGAGGGCCUUGGGACGGGGGUGUUCAGCUCGGGAACUCUGCCAGAACUCAGUGCACAGCAGACCAGAAGCCAGCCUCAGGAUGAGUCCCCAGGACUUGCCCUCCAGGAGGCCAGGGACGCAGGACACCAGACCCAGGCAGAUGGCCCCUGCACCGAGCCCAGUGGCCUGAGCCCCGCGACCCCUGGGCCCAGUGAUGCGGGUCCUCAACCCUCAGUCUCCACCAGCGCCUCCCCAGAGUCGGGGAAGGUGCCCUCUGCCUCAGAGAGGGCUGGCCAGGACCACCUGUCAGAGCCUAGGACCGGUGUGCCCAAGGGUGGAAGCACAGAGGAGGGUUGGGCUCCAGGCAAUCACGGCCAGAAAGGGCCCCUGCCAGGCAGUGAUGCUGGAGAGACAGAGCCAGAGCGAGAAGCCCCCCAGCAGGGAGGUACCCGAGGGCUAGCAGGGGCUGAUCUACUUGAGGGGCAGCGGGAGGAAGGAGGUAGCCUCCUGGGCCCUCCUCGCCCCCUGCAGACCCUUGGCAGGGAAGCAGAGUGGAGCUGGAGCGGCCCUCGGUGCCCUCCACUUGGGACCAUUGUCAUCGCAGAUGUGAACACAGACCCUGCUGAGCCAGAACACAGGGCUCUGAGGGGGGCUGGGCCAGAUGGGGAGGUCGGCACCAGGGUGCCCACCUCCCCCAGCGGGAAGGCGCCCGACGCAGGUCACAGCAGGGCCCUGCUCAGCUGCACGUCUCUCACUGGGGCGACCAGUGGAGGCAGAGGAGAGGCACAGUGGGAAGACAAGCCCCCUGGUGACAUCCUGGGGUGCUUUGCAGCCUCCCUGCCUCUGCCUCAUGAGACCCAAGAACCCACACUAGGAGCUGGGGACCCCAGCCCUUCAGCCUUAGAAAUGGGCCCAGAUGGUGGUCAGAGUCAGGUGCCAGGCCCGGAUCAGGAGGGCUUGGGAGGUGUGUGCUCGCAGCCUUGGCUGUCACAACAUACAGGGGAAAAGGCAGCUGAGCGAGGGAUCCCGAGCCACAAGCAGGACCUCAAGGGGCUCAGUUUGUCCCCCAGAGCGUGUGCUGCGCCGAUGGACCAAGAAGCAGUGGGUGGCCCUCCCCAGGAUGCUGGGGCAGGCCAGAGCAGCCCAGACACCCCCACUAGCCCCAUAGGCCAGCCCCGGCGCCCUGCUGACUCUUCCAAGCAGGCCAUCUGGGAGGGGUCACCAGCCAUGGAACUCGACUUCCUGCCAGACAGCCAAAUACAGGAUGCCCUGGAAGCCCCUGGCUUUGAAGCCCCACCGGAGCAGUUGUUUCCUGCAGGAGGCGAGCUGGACCCCUGCUGGCCUGGCACCGACCCACGUGCAGACAGAGGCCCCCUUGCUGAGGCCCAGCCGAGGUCCCUUGGGAUGCUUCUCCCAGCUCUGUGGUGGUCUGAAUGCACGUUGUGUGUUUUCUUGGAGAGAUGGUCCAGAGCUUUCCUUGAAUCUCCGUGGAGGGAGCGGGGACCCAGCCAGAGCUCGGAACCAUUGGCCUGCACAACCUUGGGGCCACCCCUGCUUUGGCACCCUCGGACCUUCCAGAGUCUCCAGUCUGUCCCGUCUUCUUUCCUACUUGGUUCUGUUCCCCAAGGCAGCCCCUCUUCUCUCCCUCCUAGAGGCAGCAGGGCACGAGUGGGGAUCAAGAGCUGUGAAGCUGCCAGCAUGGAAGAUGCGACAGACACUGUGCGCGGCCUGGUCAUGGAGCUCUCCAACCUGAACCGGCUGAUUAUGAGUGCCCACCGGGAUCUGGAGUCCUUCAAGCGCGUCAGCUACUACCGGAAAGCAAAGCCAGCCGGGAAGGCCCCCACACCCUACACCGCAAAGGGGGUGGGGACCCUCCCCCGAGGGGAGCAGUCCUGGAGGGAUCUGUAGCCAGUUCCAAACUGCCUGGGCUUGUGCUGUGUGUUCCCGCAAGCUCACUGGUCCCCAGAAAUGUCCUGCCGAACAGUGGGGAACAAUCCCUCUGCAGACCCUGUGUGCUCCCCCCACCCCGCUAUCUUGACUUUCUGACAUGUAGGUCCUGGGGGCCCCAGAAACCUUCCCUCAGCUGACCCGGAAGUCAGCUUCCCACGGGAAACACAAGAGGCCCUGCCUCUGUCAGCAGCCUCCCCUAGGAGCUGUGUGGGGCGGGGACCUGCUCCUCCCUGUGGCAGGCCUUCUGGGGCCCCAGGAAGCCAGCUGCUUCUGAGCCAGGGGCCCAGGGCCGCCCAGAUGUUUAUCUGAGUUUGCAAAUUUCAGCUCCUUAGCUGAGGUUACCAAAGGUUCAGAAUUUGUUUCUUUCCUGGAGGAGAAAAGGGCUCCCUUUGUUGGUCAUACCCUUGUUUUUCACUGGAUUUCCAUUUCUUCUGGGAAGCCCAUUAAUAAACU